AUGGCCGACGAGCACUCCGAGUGUUCGCGCCGCAAGACUGCGUGCGACCGGAACCUGCCCUGUGGCGCGUGCGUCAAGCGGGGCGCAGCAUCGGCCUGUGUCGCGGCGCCCACCAAGCGCAAGAAGCCGUCUGUCGACCCUGCCCGUGACCUGUCGGCGCGUCAGCAAGGAGCGCUCGAGGAGCUGCGCCUGUUUCGUUCAACGCUCGAGUCGCUCAAGGCCCGUCUGCCGGCCCUCGAGUACUACGUCGCGCACAGCAGCAGCAGCGCAGCUCACGAUGAAGACGCCGCCGAGAUGGACGCCAUCGUCAAGAGCUUUGGCGACCCCGUCACCGAGAUCAGCGGCGCUCGCGACGACCCGUCCGGCUCCUCCCUCUUCCCCGCCGCCUCGACCUCGACUUCCGCACCGACCUCUGAGCCGCCCAAGAAGCGCCAACGUGUGUCGGCCGUCAAGCAGGACCCGGACGAGAGCGAGGCGGCGGUCCAGGCGGCCAUCGACCUCGAGUUCCACUCGCUCGGCCGCCCUCGCGUCUGGCACGAGUCGAACGCUCGCCCGCCGGAUGCCGCCGGCGACGGCGACGACGACGACGGCCUCGCGAGCCCGUCCAUCCGGCGCGCCGUCCUGCCGCCCGAGCCGCAGCCAGAGAGCCCUGUCGAGCUGUACCCGGACGCGCAAGCGCUCUUUGACGCGGCGCCGACGCCGGACCAGGAGGACGUCAUCUUUUCGCAGGGGCUGCAGGUGUACGGGUUCCACCACGCCGUCGUUCACGCCCCGACCUUCUACGCCCAGCUCGCCGCGUUCCGCGACCUCGGCGAGUCGCGCUUCGAGUCGGGCUCGCUCGCGUGGAUGAGCAUGUACUUCGCGCUCGCCGCCGUGUCGACCAAGCUCGUCGAGGUCGAGCAGCAGGAGGACCUGGGCUGGACCGAGGCCGAGACGAGCGCCGCCGCGAGCCGGUUCUUCCUGUGCUCGGUCGCCUGCCUGUACCGCCACAACUUCCUCCAGCACCAAGACCUGUCGUGCCUGCAGGCCAUCGCCCUCCUCGUCCUGUCGGGUCGCGACGCCGGCUCGGCCACCCUCAUCGCCUCGCUCCUCAGCGCCGGCCUGUCGCUCGCCCAGGACAUGGGCCUGCACCGCCUCGCGACCGAUGAGCAGUGGGACGCGGCGCUCAAGGGUCGGCCGACGCGCGUGCGGGCGCAGGCGCUCGUCGACCGCGAGGUCAAAAAGCGCGUCGUGUGGGCGCUCGUCCACAGCGAGUGGUUCGCGAUCCCGUUCAAGGGCUAUUCGCUCCUCACGCGGCUCCAGGUCGCGACGCCGCUUCCUCUCAACGCGACAGACGAGGACUUGUCCAAGGGCCAGCUUGUCGACCGACCUCGCGACGAGUACACCGGCGCGUCGUGGCUGUUGCUGUACAUCGAGAUUGGGUCGGCCAUGUCGAGCGCGUUCGAGCACGCAGUGUCGGACAAGAGCGCGUCCCAGGCUUAUCAGUCGUUCCUGUUGGCCGACAAGCAGCUCGAGGCGCUGCUCGGCAACCUCCCGAGGUGGCUCAAGGCCGACGCGAGUGGAGAAGGGCUACCUGGGCGGGUCGAAAUGAUGCGCUCGACCUUCCUCAUCUCGCUCCAGCACAAGAUCCUCUCGAUUCACCGACCCUUCCUCGCCAAGCCGUCUCGCGCCAACAGCUACUCGUUCUCUCGCCGUCGCGUCACCGAAGCCGCACGCGCCAUCCUGCGCGAGGCCCCUCGAGCCGUCGGCAUUCGCCUGUGGACGGUCAUCUACCACAUCUCGGUCGCGUCGUUCAGCCUCACGCUCGAGCUGUACGAGCAGCUCAAGCAGGCGAGCCCCGACAACGACGACAUCCGGCGCGAGAUCCACCAGGCCUUGCCGACGCUCGAGGCGCUCAAGCAGGCGAGCGCGAUCGCCGAGCGCGGGCUCGGGCUCGUCCUUCCGCUCCUCGCAGACGAGCAGCGCAUGCGGGCCGAGGGAGGUGUCCUGCGCAAGGACAAGCGCAAGAGCAAGAAGAACUCGGCCGCAGUACCAGGAGCGCCGACCGCCGCCGCUCUUGGCAGCUUCUCGCCCGCCGCCGCCUCGACGGCAUCGCCCGUCCUUCCUGCCCACGCCGCUCUCCCGAGUGCGACAUCGCCGUUCGCCAACCCGUUCGUCCCCGGUCCAGGCGGGCUUGCUGCAGGCGCCGGCGUCCCCUUCCCGGCUCCAGGCCCUCCGCCGCCGGGCUACGACCCGACCGCACCCGGCUCGACGUCUGCCGCAGCCCCGACCGGCUACGGCUACCCGCCGCCGUGGCUGUACGGCGAGCAGUACCUGUACUCGCACCUGUCGAGCCUUGACGGCGCUGCCGCACCCGAGGGUCCGACCGCGCCAGCGCCGGGCGCCGGCAUGUUCUCGGGCCCCGGAUUCGGUGCGCCGCCUUGGGCGAUGCCGGGCAUGCCGCCUUUUGGCGGUGGGUGGGACUGGGUCGCGUACGGCGCGGCGGGCAGCGCGGACGGGUCGCCCGGAGCCGGCGCCGAGGGCGGGCACGCCCGAGAUCCGGCGUAGCCUUUGCGCAUGGGCAGCACUGCAAUGUCGAGGACUGCUCGCCAGUCUUGGGCGACGU